AUAAGGUGGAUAUCAAUGUCGGUGAUGAGGUUUCAACUUCCCAGUAAGCAUGUUUCAGCCGCCAUUCACUCUAACUCUCUUCAGAUCGUGUCAAAACCGAACAUCGCGAGUGAGGAGUUUAUGGAAAAGGUAUUGAACAGAAGAUGGAGUUUGAUGAGCCCAGAAACCAAAAUUCAGCAAAUAACACACACGCAUGGUUCUAAUUUCCGAUUGAACACUCAUCCAGCUUUUGCUGAUGGUAAUCGCAUGGUAGACAUGAAUAAACAAAGCAACUACUUCUAUAUCGUGCGAGAUGAUUUGUUGCACCCACUAAUUAAUGGCAACAAAGCAAGAAAACUCGAUGCACUACUUCCUCUCAUUCAACAUAAUUCCGUGACUGAUGUGGUUACAUGUGGAGGUUGUCAGAGUGCUCACACAGCUGCGAUUGCUGUUCUGUGUGCUGAGAAAGGAAUUGUGUCACAUCUGCUUCUACGAGGGGAGCAACCUGAAAUCUUGACUGGCUAUAAUUUGAUGUCUACAAUAUAUGGAAAUGUCACAUAUGUUCCAAGAAAUAUUUAUGCCAACAGGGAAGACAUGCUAAUGAACUAUGCCAAGUCUGUGGCUGGUGACAAUGGUUCUGUCCUUUGGUUUGGUGAUAUCAUUCAGGCUUCUUCAACAAAUGAAUUGUCUACUUCAGAUUUUAUGCAAAUGGAUGUAAGUGGAAGUGAGGGAAACCAUCUACGAAAGAUUUUGGUUGUCAAUGAAGGUGCAGGUGAUUCUGUUGCUCUACUAGGCAUUAUUCGCUUGGUCCACUACUUAUCACAAGAUCAUUUACUUGGAAAACAAAGGGCCAUAAAGUUUGUUGUAGAUGCUGGUACUGGUACAACAGCUGUUGGUUUAGGACUUGCAGCCCUUUAUUUAGGACUCCCAUGGGAGGUAUAUGCAGUCAUGCUGGCUGAAAAAAUUGAUGGGUACAGAAAGCAAGAGGAGUGGUUAAUUUCAGAAUUCAAAAAGCAUUUUAAUAUAGAGUUUAUUGAUCACAGUCACAAUGUAAACAGAGAAGAUGCUGGGAUUGUGCGUUGGGUGGAACGUGGCCGUCCAAGAAAAUUUGGUAAUGUUUUGGAAGGGGAAGUGGAAGCAUGUCAGCAAAUUGCCCAACAAACUGGGAUUCUGGUGGAUCCUGUGUACACUUUAGCUGCUUGGGAAACAGCAAUGCUUCUCUCUAGCAAAGAAGCUGAAGGAGGACCAGAAGUGGUGAUGCUUCAUACUGGAGGCACAUUGGGUAUGUUUGGGUUAGCACAGAGGUACAAAAAAUAUUUUGGCAUGCUUAGAAAAGGACUCAACCAUUAUUAGAAAAUAUGUAUUUUAGCUGGCAACUAAUUAGAGUGAAUUUGUCAUUUAUAUUUUAUUGUAGCUGGCG